ACGGUGGGGACGGAGAAGCAGAACAAGAGGAGGAAUCACUGUUUGCUUGCCUGGAUGUCUUGUGCUGUGUUGUGUUAUAUUAUGUUGUUAAAGUUGCAGUUGUACCAGCAGGUGGAGGAGGACACAAAGUUGAUAUUUUUGUGAGUGAGUGAGUGCGUGAGUGAGCAUUAGUUGUGUUUGUUGUGAAGGAAAGCACUCGUUGGUCUCCAGGUUUCUCCAUCGCCUGCUUGCUUGUAUCCUGUCAAGGGAGAAGUACACGUUCUGACUACAUUUUAUUUAGUGCAAGUAUCUGGCCAAUAAAAUUCUCUUACUGCGGCGCAUGGUGGAGAAGCUCUACCAGCAGUUGCGGCGGCAGUAACCUAACGGUCUCCAUUUGAAGUGCCAGAUUCGGACUACUGUGUCCAAUUGCCCAUAGGUGCGUUCUGGAUGUGAAGCCCGAGAGUUGUGAUAGGAUACCAAAGUAUUUCUAUAGGGCUGAUGUCAUUCUUUGGUCCAUCUUGAUGCCCUUCUUGCAGCAAGAUCGUAUCUUCAAACUCCAGGGUGCUUAUGGAGGGUGAAAGGACCUUUUUUGAGAUAAGGAGAGGAUGAGCCUGCAUAAUAUCUUGAAUUGGAUUUUUGCUUGGAUUUAAGGGUGAUAUUCCAUCAAAGCGCUUUGUCCAAUUCAGGAGCCUUCCUUCCCCCUUGUACCACCGCAUGAUCACUGUUUAAGAAGGUUGGCAGUUACGAGUAGAAGACAAUGACAGAGGUUCUCCCAACCCAGAUACACCUGCGAAACAUCACACCGGACCAAAACGAGUCCGUAGGUUAUGCGAAUGCUUUGCAUUAUGCUUCUGCUACAACAAGGAGCAGAAACAGCAGCUUGAGCCGCAGGCAUGGCAGCUUCAACAUCAGCAACAAUGAUCAGGAAAGUGAGAGAUCAGCCCAGCUUUCAUUGGUGGCUCUGAUGCUGGCAACAGUUAGAAGAUCUGUUUUGACCAUGUGUCAAGAUGUAGAAGAAGGAGAUGAAAGUUCCCUGGAGAUUGGGUGGCCCACUGAUGUACAACAUGUGGCUCAUGUGACCUUCGACCGGUACAAUGGGUUUUUGGGUUUACCCCAGGAGUUCGAAGUUGAAGUUCCCGGGCGCGUGCCAAGUGCAAGCCAGAGUGUAUUUGGUGUUUCUGCGGAGUCUAUGCAGUGCUCGUAUGACCAGAAUGGCAACAGUGUUCCGACUAUCCUACUACUGAUGCAAGAGAGGCUAUAUAAUCAAGGAGGCCUGAAGGCGGAAGGUAUUUUCAGAAUCAACGCAGAGAACAGCCAUCACGAACACGUAAGGGAUCAACUGAACAAGGGUAUUGUACCUCUGGACAUCGAUUCGUAUUGUCUUGCCGGCCUCGUCAAGGCCUGGUUUCGGGAGUUACCACAAGGUGUGUUGGAUGUUCUGACUCCCGAUCAAGUGCUGGCAUGCCACACCGAGGAGGAAAGUGUGGCACUCGUGAAGCUUCUUCCCCCUACUCAAGCUGCGCUGCUUGAUUGGGCUGUCAAUCUGAUGGCUGAUGUAGUUCAAGAGGAAACGUUCAACAAGAUGAACGCUCACAACAUUGCAAUGGUAUUUGCUCCUAACAUGACCCAGAUGGCCGACCCUUUGACUGCUCUAAUGCACGCAGUUCAGGUGAUGAACUUCCUAAAGACGCUGAUUCUAAGAACUUUGAAAGGUAGGGAAGAGGCGAUACUGGAGCAGGUUCAGGGGUUAACCAGUCCUGAGGCUUCGGAAGGGGACGAGCCUGAUAGCGACUGUAACAACGUCCUCCUUACAGGACUCGAGCGUCACAGUUCCAGGAUUAAGGAGGCCACAAUAUUGGAUUGCGAUGAAUCCUCGGGACAGAUACUAAUCCCGGUUAAGCGCGACACUGGAUUGAAGUCCAAUUCCAAGAGUGGAAGCUGGGUAAACACCAUCGACCUCAACAAUCAAAAGGGAGAGGCCUGGUGGUUGGAAGGUUUUCACUGUAACACUGAGGUGCAGAGAGCGCCUGGAUACACUGAUGGAAGAGUUGGUUUUUUUGGAAUUCCCCAUGUCAGGUCUGUGUCUUGUACGUGUGGAGGAUAGUGCGAAAGUGGUGUUGUGUUGAAUUAUAUAGGAUAUUAGGUGGCAAAGCCAGUGUAAAAUGUUGAUUUAGAGUAGGUGUCAAGUUCCAAAUGGGCUUGCUGUGGUGGUGGUUAGGUUGGUCGCCGUGGCUGAUCAGUGAGAUCCACUGGUAAAGUUUUCACGCCACUGGUGAUUGUGGUUCAGAGCACUGACGAGCACGAUUGGGGGAUGGUUAGGAAAGCUGAAUUGUACAUUACCAAAUCCUGACGAUCUAACAUCUCGGCUCAGUCUUCUUGCUGUCAUGCUCUUUUCUACUGCUUGCGGAGUGUGAUGUGCCUCUGUCUUGCCGUACAAAGCGACAUUUUUAAAGUUAAGAUUAGCGACUGGUGUCGUAAAUGAUUUGAAGAAGUGUCAGUGGAGAACGAUAAGAGGCACCGAUGUUAUGUUGUUCAAGCUGAAGAGUCCUUGUUCGGCUCUGAGGUUAUUAAGGUAUCUUUAUUUUGUCUUGGAUUGAAGCUCUA